AUGAUUGUUCCGUUUGUGCUGCUCAAGCUGGCGCAAUUGCUCAUCGUUUAUUUUGCUCCCGCGCCGUUCGAUACCUCCACACGCAUCUUUCUGGAUGACUACACCGAGGACUAUGCUGAACUGCCCGCAAGUCUGAAAUGGUUUGUCUCGAACGUGGCAUCGAAGCUCGUGGCUUGGGACGCCAUUUAUUUCCUUAAAUUGGCCACCGAAGGACCCACUUUUGAACACGAGUAUGUGUUUGGCCCCCUAUGGUGGCGCCUGCUCGCGUCGAUCCCGUCCGCGAACAUCUUCUACAAGCUUCUGGGCGGCCUGUUGGUCUCGAACGUUAGCCAUUAUCUGAGCUGUGUGGUACUCUACAAGCUCACCAGACGCUACUUUGACGAGCGAACAGCCCGCAACAGCGCGUAUCUCGCCGUGAUACAGCCAUCAGGGAUCUUCAGCACCACCAUCUACGCAGAGUCGAUCACACAGCUUCUGUGCUACACGGCUCUGCUUCUGCGCAGCUACGGUCGAAAAUCGCCAAGAUAUUUUCUCUCCGGCAUUCUAAUAGCCAUUGCAUUUGGAUUCCGCUCCAACUGUCUGCUUUACGGCAUCGUCUACUUGUACGACACGGUUGCGGGACAAUCGCUGGUAUCGCUGGUUUCUGGCCUUCCUCUUUUUUUUGCGCUCUGUCUGUCGAUCUACGUCCCAUACCGUGAGUUUUGCCCCGAAAGAGGCGAAUGGUGCCUCUCGGCCGCGCCCUCACUGGUCUCAUAUGCGCAGUCGCACUACUGGGGUAAUGGAUUUCUGACAUACUUCACGGUUGCAAACAUCCCGCUCUUCAUCAUCGCAGCACCCAGCCUGCUGAUCCUGGCAACCGCAAUCUACCGCCUCCGAAACCAGCGCAGACUGCGCCCGAUCCUGCUCACGUCGCUUGUAUACCUCGUCGUCCAGCUUACUUGCAUGCAUGUCCAAAUCAUCAACCGCAAAAUAGAAAAAUAG